AUGGAACGCAUUAUAUCACCUUCCCAGUUCUACAAUAGAUUAUUGAAGUAUUUGUUGAGUGAAGAGGAUAUGUACUAUUUGGGGUAUCCAGUUCAAAGCCCAAGUGAAGGUUUCGUCAUCAUUAACAAAGAAACCAACAAACAUCAAAAUAGAACCCGGAACAAUUUGAAUGUUGACGCUAGAGAGUUUAAACCUUUGGAGGUCUACCUCACCAAUAACAGGACUUGUUCGCGCUGUAGUAAGCCUUUCUUGACCAACCAGGAAGGGUACAUCACCAAAGAUAAGUGCACGUACCAUUGGGGCAAGUUGGAGAGAAAAUCUCGGUUGUAUGGGUGCUGCUACAAGUUGGCUGGUAGUGCUGGGUGUACCGAGGCAAGUGUCCACGUGUGGAGCGGAACUGAACCCGGUAGAAACGGUCCCUACUUUGACUACGUCAGAACAAAUCGCCAGGAUAUGAGCUACGGAGUCUACGCUAUGGACUGCGAAAUGUGCUACACCGUGGCCGGAUUGGAAGCUACCAAGGUGACGUUGGUGAACAUGCGCGGGCACUUGGUGUACGAUAGCUACAUCCUUCCCGCAAACAAAAUUGUAGACUACAACACCCGGUGGUCGGGUAUAACCCCAGAAAAGUUAAAAGGCGCCAAGAGGCUACAGGACGUCCAACGAGAACUCUUGGAGAUCAUCCACAAGAACACCAUCCUCAUCGGCCACGGUUUGGAGAACGACCUCAGAGCCCUCAAGUUACUACACUCCUACAUCAUCGAUACGUCGGAUUGUUUUCCGCCCGAAGUAGGACCACCAAGGAAGCUCUCCCUCAAAGCCUUAGUUUCUUUGUACUUAAACAAACAGAUUCAAUAUGGUAGGGGAGAGAUGGGUCAUGACAGUUUCGAAGACGCGCUAGCUUGUGUGGAGCUCAUGCUUUGGAAGGUCAACCAUGAUUUCCGAAAACAUUUGCCUUCUUUGGGCGAUAUUCAGUAUUAUGUGCCAUAUAACCAUUUGAUAGUAUUUUUAAACGAAACCAUAUUUUAG